UGCGGCCACGGAAUUUGCAGAACUUAAAACCAAAACGCAUUGUGAACAAGUGCAACGCACUUACUUAAUAAAAGAUCACUGAGAAAAGACCGAGAAGAGAACAUUUGAAUAAUCGAAUGGACUGCACUUUUCUAACAGCUAUAAAUAACAGUCAAUAAGUUUGAUUAAAUCAUGAACUGAUGAGGCUCAUGUGAAUUAAAUCGGACACUCCAGAAAGAAACAUUCUCAUUAGUUAAUUGAAGAUACAUGCAUAAAACUAAACUGAACUCAACUGCAAACUGACGUCAAAAUGUCGAAGAAACCGCGAGGGCAUAUACACAAAAUUCGAGAAUUCGAAUUGGAAAAGAUACAACUUGUGGAUGAGUUUGACAUCAUCCAAAUUGUUGGUGAAGGCUGGUUCGGAAAGAUAUUGUUGGUGGAACAUCGCGGAUCUCAAACCGAAAUGGUACUGAAGGCGGUGCCCAAGCCAUAUGUCACGUUGCGCGAUUUCUAUCGCGAAUUUCACUAUGGACUCCAUUUGGGCGUACAUCGGCAUAUCGUAACCACAUACGAUGUGGCCUUCGAGACGGCUGGCUUUUAUGUAUUCACCCAGGAAUAUGCACCGCUGGGUGAUCUUACAUCAAAUGUGACAGAAACUGGCGUAGGUGAGGUGUACAGCAAGCGCAUAGCUAAACAGUUGGCCUCCGCCAUAGAUUACAUGCAUUCAAAAGACAUAGUGCAUCGGGAUAUAAAACUUGAUAAUGUGCUCAUAUAUCGUUCGGAUUUUCAACGCGUCAAACUUUGUGAUUUCGGCGAAUCCUUUCAAUCUGGUACCACAGUGGAGCGUCGCAACGAAUGGUUGCCCUACAGUCCGCCGGAAGUAUUGGAAGUAAAGCCCGAAGGCACCUACAAAGCCGAUCCCAGUCACGAUGUGUGGCAGUUCGGAAUUGUUAUAUUCGUUUGCCUGACCGGCUGUCUACCCUGGCAGAAGGCCUCCUCGGAGGAUCCACGGUAUGUCCGCUAUCUGGUGUGGCAGGCCAGCAUGAUGAUGAUGCCGUUGCGACGCACGCCCAAACUGUUUAAGCUGCUUACGUCCCGUGCGCAGCGCAUGUUUAAGCGUUUCCUGGAGCCACGCAGCGGGAACAGACCAAAGAGUCUGGGAGAUUUGACCAAGUUCAUGGACGAUCGCUGGCUGGCCAAGACGGCGGAGAAGGAGAUGGCCGAAUAUGAGACAGACGAGCUGUGCCCCUCAAUGUAUUCCUUUCACAGCAGUCCCGACGAGAAGAAUCGCCUGCUGUACACAUUGGCGGACUGCGGAAUCGAAACGAAUGUCGAUCGUCUGCAGAAAAAGAAUCGCAUAAAAGACUGGAUAGAGUCGUCCAUAAUAACAGAGGAGGAUGAGGAAGAGAACGAGGAGACGAACUCCGCGUCGCCAUCCUCGUCCGUCUCACGCGAACCAGUGCCUGGACACAUCUCCUCCAUACGCCAGCCACAACAGCCGGCCAAGCCGAAGGAAAUUAAGAGCACAUUGAAAGAUGCCACCCAGAAGCACUUUGAUCCCCGCACGGGUGCACUGCAGCAGGGGCCCAGCGAAAUGGGCAUGGCCAUGCACUCAUCCAAGUCCGUUAAUCUAGCCUCCACAUCAACGCUCACCAAUGCCGACAGCCUGCUGACACUGGGCUCCAGGCAGGAUAUGCUGGCCAGCAAUUUGACCAUUUAUAACUCAAUGGAAAUGGAGCUGAACCGGCUAGGUAAGGGUCAGCCAACAAUACUCCAAGUCGACGGCUUUUUAAACCAGUCACAGAGCAGCAGCCUACUAACCACGCUCGACGUGCCGCUCGAGACAGAAUCCUCCACACCCGCCGCUAAGAACUCCAUUGGCGUUGGCACCCGGAUGUCUACCAAGAGUAUUCUCCAGCGCUCCAAGUCCGACUCGUUACAGGCAGCCAUGUACACCAGCAUGCCAGCCAUUGACAAUGCCAACUCCUACAACGCUUUUAACUCCAAUAACCAGAGCCUGCAGCCCAUGCAGAGCAGCUAUGUGCCCAAUGGCAGCGCCUACUUUACGAGUGGCAACAAUAACAACAAUUUUCCUAACAAAACUAAUCCGAUCAAAACGGUGACUUUCACGGGCUUGACUAAUGCCUUCCAAUCGCUUGCCCAACUCCCAGUGCUGUCUAAUCCCGUAGUGCCUGCGAUGCCUCCCGCAGCAAUGCAAUCGAAUUAUUUUAAUCGCUCCCACCAUGAUUCUCAAGUCAAAGACAGCGCUUACGGAUCGGCCGAUGUGAACGACAUGACGCACACAACAAGUUAUCCACAGGCCCAUAACACUCAGCGCCAGAGGGUUUACAAUGGCGCACGUGAAUCCAAUUUGAACAUGAAGGACACGGCCUACGACCGUGUGGGGGUCACCAACAGCAACAGCGCGCGAAAGCGAAGAUAGCUUGUGCCCGGUUGCAUCAAACACACAUAAAUCCAACAAAAUAUAUACACAAUUUGCAAGUUCCAA